CGAUUUAGUUGCAAACGAGAUCUAUUGCCGAGCAGAUAGCAAACUUGUCAGACUAACACUCCAAGUUUUAUAUAUUUUUUUUGUUUAGCAAGUGUUUGUAACUUGCAGCCGGAGCUGGAGGAUCAGUAACGGAAGUAAAUUUUUUUAUUAAGUGACAUCGCGAUGAAUACGUGGGCUCUGAUGGCAUUCGCCCUGUGGGCGCUGUUCCUGCGAUACCUCCCGCAGAUCCUCACUUUCCUGAGACUGCAGCGCUUCGCAAAGACCCUGCCCGGACCCAGUGUGUCCGAGCUGAUAGCCAAUGUGAAGAAGGGAGAGAUCCUCAACUGGCUGAAGGAGCUGCGGGAGCGCCAUGGGCCCGUUUUUCGCAUCUGGUUCGGCAAGGAUCUGAUGGUGAUGUUUAGCGACCCGGAAGAUAUCAGACAGUUGCUGGGCAACAAUUCCCUGCUCUAUAAGUCACGCAACUACGCACUCCUCGAGCCCUGGCUGGGCAAGGGGCUGCUUACCAAUGGCGGCGAGUCCUGGCACCGUCGCCGCAAGCUCCUCACCCCCGGCUUCCACUUCCGCAUCCUCAGCGAGUUCAAGGAGCCGAUGGAGGAGAACUGCCGGAUCCUGGUGAGCCAGCUCAAGGAGCGUGCCAAUGGCGAGGCCUUCGACAUCUAUCCCUACAUCACGCUCUUUGCCCUGGACGCCAUCUGCGAGACGGCCAUGGGGAUCAAGAAGCAUGCCCAGUUGCAGAGCGAGUCCGAGUAUGUGAAGGCUGUCCAGACCAUCUGCCGGGUGAUGCACAAGCAGAGCUUUUCCUUCUGGCAGCGCCUCAACAUCUUUUUUAAGUACACCCAGGCGGGGCAGGAGCGGGACGGCGCUCUGCGCGUUUUGCAUGACGAGACCAAUCGCGUGAUCCGCUUGCGGCGGGAGCAGCUGGUUAAGGAGCGUCAGCUGCAGCAGCGGACCGAGGCCGCACAGGACGAUGUGGGCAGCAAGCGGCGUCUGGCUUUCCUUGACAUGCUGCUGCUCACCCAGCUGGAGGGCGGCGACGAGCUCAGCGACCGCGACAUACGCGAAGAGGUAGAUACUUUCAUGUUCGAAGGACACGAUACUACCAGCUCAGCCAUAGCCUUCGCCCUGAGUCUGCUCUCCAAGCACUCGGAGGUGCAGCAGCGUGCCUACGAGGAGGCUCGCGAUCUCGAGGGCCGCGAGAAGGAAUCCAUGCCAUACCUGGAGGCGAUCAUUAAGGAGACGCUGCGACUGUAUCCCUCUGUGCCGUUCUUCUCGCGCAAGGUCUUCGAGGACAUACAGGUGGGCAAGCACACCAUACCAAAGGGUGCCUCGGUCAACUGUCUGAUCUACAUGCUGCAUCGCGAUUGCAACAACUUUCCGGAUCCAGAGCGCUUUGAUCCUGAUCGCUUCUACCUAAACGAGAAGCAGAUGCAUCCCUUUGCCUUUGCCGCCUUCAGUGCGGGUCCCCGAAACUGCAUAGGUCAAAAGUUCGCCAUGCUGGAGCUCAAGUGCUCGCUAUCCAGCCUCCUGCGCAGCUUUCAGUUUAUGCCCGAUGAGGAUCACCAGCCCAUUCCCCUGGCAGAGCUGGUAAUGAAGAGUGGCAACGGGGUCCGACUGCGCAUACAGCCACGAAGCCAAAACUGAAACAUCUCGGAUCAUCUGCCCCAAGCUUCAACUCGUACUUGUAUUUGCUUUAUUAGCUUCUGGCCUUAGUCUAAAAUAAAACGAAAAUAGUCUAAAAAUAACGAGGGGGAACGUCGUGGGCCACGGCGAAGGCCGCGGCUCUUCUUUAUACCCUGUACUCAGUCAGUACAUGUAUAUGUGAGCUAAUGGUUUAUAUAAUUUAUACAAUAUAUUUUUUAUAUCGUUUGGUAUCGCUGUUCUAUGACCAUAUCGAUGCUGAUCAAGAA